AUAAACCUCAGAGAAGAAGAAGAAAAGACGAAGAAGAAGAAGAAGCCAUGCAGGGGAAACAGUACAGACGCUAUUACCUUAUCUCAGCUCUCUGGAUGUACGAAACUAGCCGGAGAAGAUAUUAUAGUCGUUGAGUGGAUGAGUAUUUGACUUAUAGUUUUGCAACAAUGUCUUCAGUUGAGUGUUUGAGAGAGUUUGUGAACGAGCGACUAACUGCUGCUGCUGAAGAAAUAUUCAGAGUUUUUCAUAAAGCUGUCAUCGAGUACGAGGCAGAGAUCGACCGUCAGCGCAGACUGCUCGAUAUCGUUUGGAAGCCCGAAAUAAAGUUAGACAGGAUAGAGCAACAUGUCUGUAAGGAGGAGGAGGUUCUCUCUGACCAGCAGCUCUGUAUUCAGGAGAGGAACUCCAGUCUGGACCAAGAGGACCCAGAGCCUCCACAGAGUAAAGAGGAACUGGAGGAACUCUGCACCAGUCAGGAGGGAGAGCAGCUUGUACUGAAGCAGGAGACUGAUGCCUUUAUGUUGACUCCUACUGCUGAGGAAAGUGACCACCAGCUCCUCUCUCACAACUCUCAUGUAGCUGAGAGCCAAGAUCAGAAAGGAGGCAAGCAUGGAGACUCAGGCUCAACUAAUGCUGAGCCAAAUCUACAGAAUCUACAUCCUGAAAGCAUAAGUCACAGUAAUGAUGUCAACAACCCUAACCUGUCAGAGAUGCACUGUGAUACUCACACAGGCAAACAGCCUUUAAAAUGUGACACGUGUGGAAAAGACUUUAAGCAUAAUUCAUCACUGAAGAGACAUCUGAGAACCCACACAGAUGAGAAACCAUUUGCAUGCAAAACAUGUGGGAAAGCUUUCAGGAUUAAUGGCCACUUGGUAAUCCACAUGAGAAUCCACACAGGGGAGAAGCCAUUUGCAUGCAAAACAUGUGGGAAAAGAUUCAGUCAGCAUUCAUCAUGGAACUCUCAUAUAAGGAUCCACACAGGGGAGAAGCCGUUUACAUGCAAAACAUGUGGGAAAGCUUACACCACCAAUAGUCACUUGGUAAGCCACAUGAGAACCCACACAGGGGAGAAGCCAUAUUCUUGCAAAACAUGUGGGAAAAGGUUCACUCAGCAUUCAUCAUGGAACUCUCAUAUAAGGAUCCACACAGGUGAGAAGCCGUUUGUAUGCAAAACAUGUGGGAAAGCUUUCAGAAUGCGUAAUAUCUUGAAAGAACACAUGAAAAGCCACACAGGUGAGAAGCCGUUUGCAUGCAAAACAUGUGGGAAAGGUUUCAGAACUAAGACUCAGUUGGUAAACCACAUGAGAACCCACACAGGUGAGAAGCCAUAUUCUUGUAAAACAUGUGGAAAAUAUUUCAAAUCUAAAAAUCAUAUAAGAAGCCACAUGAUGAGCCUUUUACACCUAAAACGUGCUGGAGCUUUAGGAUCUAGUAGUGGCUUGAUGAGCCACAUGAGAACUCACACAGAGGGAAAACUGCAUCACGGCAGCACACAGGUUCCAGAGAUUAAAGAGGAACAGGAGGAACGCUGCACAAGUCAGGAACAUUUGUUUACAUUAGAUUAGAAUGAACCCUUCAUAUCUACAUAAGGAGUGUGUCCUCUUCCACUGAGACUGCCAUGUUGCCUCUUCAGUAUCCCAGAACAGACGAACCAAACUCUGGCUCUAGAAAGGGUCUUUCGUGUUUUUACGCUACCUGAAGCCAGUGUAGGUUCUCUCAACGCUUGGAAAAGGAGGUGAGCGGAGGAAUAUUCAGUUGGUUGCACCUGCAACCUCAACGCUAGAUGCAACUAAAUCCUACACACUGGACCUUUUUAAGGGGAAAGUUAAUGUUGUAACUGACAAUGAUAAACAAACUGUUAACCAAGAUGAAUGUUACUGCAUUGUACGCAACUUUUUAAUUGAACAAAGAUGACACUGAAUAUGGAUGAUUGUAGCAAUGCUGUUUAUAUAAUUUGUUAUACUGCUGCACAUUGUUCAAAGAAGUUACAACUACACGGGCCAUGUUAGUACUGGCUGUAUAUUUGUGUACAGAGAAAUGAGCUAAAAUAGUAAUUGAGCUUCACCAGCAACAUCAUUCUGGUGGACCAGCAACAUUAAUGGGAACUAGCUGGUAGACCAGCACCGCUGGUUGAGAGAGGCUUUCUAGUCCUCUCAGAGAGUGUCGUUGCUGUUACCGUUUCUGUUUGUCCUGGCUCUGUUUUUGUCUCUGAGUAUGCAUGAUGUGCAAGCCACUAUCUUCUACAAUCGUCAAACACUACUGAAUAUUCAAGCCUGUGUCAUGGACUUAUACUCCCGGGAUCCUGGUCAAAGAAUCUUACACUGCACUCUGUUCUCUCAACUACCUGAAGGUUUAUGGGCUCGGCCCUGCGGCUACCACCAUAGGAAACAAGCCAGGUGACGGAGUUAAUGUGCAGGCGCCUCGGUGUGAAAUGUGAUUGUCAUCUGUGAGGCAUGUAUGCACUGAGAUGGCAAUUUGCGCUGUACCCAUAUGUUUUUAUUUAAUCAGUUUUCUUUUAUUCAUUCAUUUUAUACAUUCACCACAGUUCAAUACAGUUACACUACAGAUACUCUCACAGUUCAAUAUCUCAGUGUUAUCGGUUGUAUGAUGUAUGUUAUGUGUGAUUGUGACAAAUAAAGAUUUCAAAUAUUAAA